CUAGAAAAUCCUAUCGUAAAUCUACGCUCAUGCCUUGCACAUGAUAAGGGAACGGGAAAAACUAUAGGAAGAGGCAGACUAGGUUUGUGAUUUCGAUAAUCAAUCGGUGGCCUGCUGCUUCGACCCGGUAUAGCCUCGAAUGUUACUUGUUAUAGAUUGAUGCGAAUUUGAAUUUGGCGACUCGCUUGGCAAAGUGCAGAUUUCACACUAUAUGACUGGCUGUUCCAGUUCCUCCGCAACUUAGUCUCAAACCAGGCGCCACGUAAAGUAACUGCGCUAACGUCAAGUACAUUACAUUAGGGCCCUCAGUUCUAUAUUUAUGCGCAUUUGGUCUUUACAAGUUGCAUCCCCCCGCCGCCUCACUGGUCUUCCUACAAGAAACCGGCGUCGAGUUGCAGCAGCUUGGAUCGCAGUUGCCCUCAACGCUGUCAAAUAAAUCAAGCUCUCAAGUUCCAUCUGGAACGCCAGUUCUAAAUCCGCUCCCACAUGCUCCUCAAUUCCCACAUCAAAGUCGGUAGAGUUACGAUCUGAGAAGCAGCAGGGAACUGGUGAUAACGCUGUCGAAUUUGUGCCUGAUGUAGAAAACAGCUGAGUUAGUUUCUAUCCUCGUUCGCAAUCUCAGUGAUGCCUGAGCUGGGUGCACUGGCAGAGUCUUACGUCGACGCUGUGCAGAUCUGAGCAAGUUGCAACUGAACUGGUGAGAUCUAUCAUGGCGGACAAAGGAGGUUCAAUGCGUGCUUCUGGCGAUGUCGAGUUCUUGCUGCCUGUCGAUUCCGAGCACAAGGCCAAAGUUGUUAAAGUGUUCAGCUUCGCACAGCCGCACAUGCGGUCGUUUCAUCUCUCCUGGAUCUCCUUCUUUGUUUGCUUUCUAUCUACAUUCGCGGCGCCGCCACUCAUUCCCAUCAUCCGUGACAACCUGAACAUGACCAAAUCUGACAUUGGACAAGCUGCCGUUGCAUCUGUUUCCGGAUCGAUCUUGUCGCGGCUCAUGAUGGGAACAGUGUGCGAUCUGGUGGGGCCACGAUACGGCUCUGCAUUUCUGAUAAUGGUCAAUGCACCAGCCGUGUUCUCAAUGGGGGUUGUUGAUGAUGCUGAGGGCUUUAUGAUCUGCCGAUUCUUCAUCGGAUUUUCCCUUGCAACCUUCGUCUCGUGCGAAUACUGGGUGAGCUCCAUGUUCACCAGCAAGAUUGUGGGCACUGUUAAUGGCCUUGCUGCCGGGUGGGGUAAUCUCGGAGGCGGCGUUACGCAAAUUAUGAUGCCACUGAUAUUCGCCUUGUUUCGAGAUAGCUUUCAUCACCCAGAUUUCACAGCAUGGAGACUGGCGUUUUUCGUACCGGGAUCGAUGCACAUUAUCUUAGGACUCCUGGUUUUAUGUCUUGGUCAAGAUCUUCCCGAUGGAGACCACGCACAGCUCCAGAAACAAGGAGGAGAUGUCAAGCAAGGAUUUCUCAGGGUCUUGUACUUCGCAUCGACGAGUUACAAAACGUGGAUAUUUUUCAUUCUUUACGGCUACAGCUUUGGGGUUGAACUGACCGUCGACAACAUCAUCGCCGAAUAUUUCUACGACCGUUUCAAUUUGAACCUCAAUACCGCUGGGCUUAUUGCAGCGGCCUCUGGUUUGAUGAAUAUCUACUCGCGUCCAGCCGGUGGAUAUCUCUCAGAUGUUGCCGGACGUUAUCUAGGAAUGCGCGGCCGCUUGUGGUUCUUGUGGACUGUGCAAUCUCUAGGAGGGCUCUUGUGCAUCAUCCUCGGCAAAAUGAGCAACUUAACCGGUGCGAUUAUUUCCAUGAUCCUGUUCUCUAUCUUUGUCCAGGCUGCCUGUGGAGCUACUUUUGGAAUCGUUCCCUUCGUCUCUCGGAGGUCGCUGGGUGUGAUCAUCGGAUUGACUGCGGCAGGAGGGAAUGUGGGCUCCGUGUUGACGCAAUCUCUGUUUUUCACAUCGUCCUCGUAUCACACGGAAGAGGGACUUGUGUACAUGGGGAUUAUGAUUGUCUGCUGCACCUUGCUAGUAACAUUGAUAUGGUUCCCCCAGUGGGGCAGUAUGUUCUUUCCACCCUCCAAGAGCGCCUCCGAAGAAGACUACUAUGUCUCCGAAUGGACGGCUCAAGAGCAAGAGCAAGGGCUGCAUUUGCCAAGUUUGAAAUUCGCCACCAACUCUCGCAGUGAGCGUGGCAACCAUGCCGGUGCCAGCUCUUCCGAUCCGGAGGGCGACCAACCUCCUGCCGAACUGGGCCUCUCGAUGUGGAAGUCAUACUCGCACUAGGAUCAAAGCGAUAUCAAGAGUUUGAACAAACAACGAGAACAACAUACAUUCAUUCAUAUUCGCCGCAGCACAUCUGCUUGGCGAAACUCCGAACCCAUGUUCUGGUCUCCACGAUGGUUCGCACUCAGAGAUGCUUCAAUGGCCAGCGGCACAAUCAAUCAUCUCUGGCGAAUCGUGGCAGGGGUUCAUAACCGUGGCUUUAGCAACACGUUCGACAUAGGGAACCUAUGAAAGACAAAUUUGCACAGUGCUUUUGCGUGACGAAACCUUUGCGUCCAAUCGUGAGGGAUGUGGAAAUUGUCGCAAUUUGAACGCAAAUACGUUGAACCCUAGUCUCUAGGGAUGGUCGCUUGGGCGAGCACAGGAGUCUUUUCCCAUUUCGAUUAGCACAUUCGGUUCGAAGCCUGUUUAUUUAGUUUUUGUAGAAUUCUCUGAAUGGCCUGAUUAGGGACAUGUAAUCAUCUCUCGCGACCACCAGUUGGCCAUUCAAUGAUCAAAGUUUUGAACUGCCAGAUACGUCUUGGGACGAUGUCA